CUUGAUUUUCCCUCCAAGUUCUCUCAUGGGUUUGAGAUCACGUGCUGUCUUCUUCUCAAUACUCAUUUUCCUAGUGUGUGUCACUGUGGAAUCCCAACAAAAUCAUUCAAGCAAGAUGGUAAUUAAUUUAGGCUCUUCACUUUCUCCCACAAGUGGUACUCCUCCCACGUCAUGGUCCUCUUCUUCUGGCCUAUUUGCAUUUGGUUUCUACACACAAGAUACCGGCUUUAAGGUCGGAAUUUGGUUGGUGCUCAAUAGAACCAAAACAGUUGUAUGGACCGCGAAUAGAGAUGAUCCACCAAUCACCUCCAUCAAUUCGACUCUGGAGCUGACCAGGAAUGGGAAACUUGUUCUGAGAACAGAGCACGGAAAAGAGAAGCUGAUAGCAAACACCACAGGCUCUGCUGCCUCUGCCUUGAUGCUCGAUUCGGGAAAUUUUGUUCUAUACGACACUGACUCCCGAGUCAUUUGGGAGUCUUUUAAUUUUCCAACCAACACCAUUCUAGGAGGACAGACACUUGCAAUGGGUGCGAAACUGAUCUCUAGCUUAUCAGACACUCAAUACUCAACUGGGCGGUAUAAACUCAUUAUGCAGGCUGAUGGGAAGCUUGUUUUGUACCCACUUAACACUGCAGAUAGGGGACUAGAUGCUUAUUGGGCCUCGGGCACUUUGAUGAAAGUCCCCAAAUCCCUUUCCCUUUACCUCAAUCAGUCUACGGGCACUCUGGAUAUCAUAAACAGCACUAGUUUGAGAAUAAUCAAAUCCUUCAAACCGGAGUCAUCUUACAACAAUAACAAAACAAUCAUUUAUCGUGCAACACUUGAUUUUGAUGGAGUUCUCAGAUUGUACUCUCAUUUUCUUGAUGAGACUACUAAUGAUUUCAAGUUUCAAAUUGAUUGGAAAGCGCCGGAAAAUCCAUGUGAAGUGAAAGGUUAUUGUGGCUUAAACAGUUUCUGCACAUUAGAUGACAACCAGCCAUAUUGCCGUUGUAUUCCCGGUACACAUUUUGUUGAUCCUAACAAGUGGUCGCUCGGCUGCGACACAAACUUCCCUCGAAAAGGGUGCGAGACUGGGAUAGAAAAUGACACCACCUCAUUUAACAUUACUACCAUGGAGAAUAUAGAAUGCGGAGACCUUCCAUAUGCUCAAGAAUCACAAAUGUCAAUAGAAGAUUGCGAGAAGUCUUGUUUGGAGGAUUGCUAUUGCGAAGCAGCUGAUUACUCAUUGGACCACAGAUAUUGCAAUAAACAAAGUCUUCCUCUUAUAUAUGUUAGAAGAAAUGUUGUGGGAGCCUCCUCCAAGCUCACGGCAAUCUUUAAGGUGCGCAUCAUCAAAAGUGAGAAGCCAACACUACCACCAACACCAACACCAGCACCAACACCAACACCAACACCAGCACCAACACCAACACCAACACUAAUUUUGGUCAAGAGCAGAAAAGAAGUAAUGUUAAUACUACUUGUAACUAUGGGUUUACUUACAAGCUCAUGUGCUGCUCUUUCCAUCUCUGGCACAUAUAUUUACAAAUUUAGAGUUUUGAAGCACAAAAGGCUGUUGCAAUGUGGAAACUUGAGCAGUACGGCAGAGCUCACCUUGCAUUUGUUUUCAUACAGUGAGCUCAGAAAAGCAACCAAUGGGUUCAAAGAAGAGCUAGGAAAGGGCUCCUUCGGAGCAGUUUACAAAGGUACUUUGUGCAGAGGAAAAAGGUUAAUUGCGGUGAAGAAACUCCAGAAGGUUGUGGAAGAAGGUGAAAGGGAGUUUCAGGCAGAAAUGAGAGCAAUGGGGAGAAAACACCACAGAAACUUAGUGCAAUUGCUCGGAUACUGUAUUGAGGGUUCUAAAAGGCUUUUGGUUUACGAGUACAUGAGCAAUGGCUCUCUUGCAGAUCUUCUCUUCAAAUCUAAAAGGAGCCCGGAUUGGAAUGAGAGAAUCAGAAUUGCCCUAAAUGUUGCGAGAGGGAUACUCUAUCUACAUGAAGAGUGUGAGACUCCUAUAAUUCAUUGCGAUAUAAAGCCUGAAAACAUAUUGAUGGAUGAGUUUUGGAAUGCAAAAAUCUCCGACUUUGGGUUGGCCAAGUUUUUGAUGCCUGAUCAAACGAGCUCCUUUACAGGAGUCAGGGGGACUAGAGGAUACUUGGCUCCAGAAUGGCAGAGAAACAACCCCAUAUCAGUCAAGGCUGAUGUUUACAGUUAUGGGAUAAUGCUGUUGGAAAUUGUUUGUUGCAGAAGAAGCUUGGAAGUUAAUGUAUCAACAUCAGAAGAGGUGGUUCUGUCUCAUUGGGUCUAUAGGUGCUUUGCUGGGAGGGAGUUGAACAAGCUUAUUGUUGUGGGUGAUGAAGAUGUUAACAUGACGACACUAGAGAACAUGGUUAAAGUGGGACUUUGGUGUAUUCAAGAUGAACCAGCUCUUCGUCCUUCCAUGAAAAGUGUAGUUCUGAUGCUUGAAGGCAUUACUGAUAUAUCAAUCCCUCCAUGUCCAACUACGUCCUAAUGGAUGUCAUCUAUAGAAGUUCAUUAAUAAUGUACCAGCAUCAUCUUCUGUUGGAGAUCAAGGAUUAGCAGUUCUACUGAAUAGACCAUGUGACUGCAAUAAUAUUUAUCUGAAGGAUAUCUUAGUAUAUAA